CAAGAGCCCAGCUCGAUUCAUUGUAGCGUGUUAUUCGCUAUUCAAAUUUAAAUUCUGGCAACUAAUAAAAAUACAAACAAAAAACUGAGAAAAUAUUCGAACAAGGAAUUUGUGAACCAUUUCUUUGGACAUUUUAUUUUGGAGAGUUUUAAUUAUUGUGUUGACAGAUAAGUGGCAAUUAUCAAAGAUGAGUGACUGUAUGAUCUUACAUGAUUUAACACCGUUUUAAUUAUCCAGUUAUCUACGAAGCAGAUAAUGAUUAAAAAGUUUUAAGUGAUCUUAUCAUGAUGGACAAAUAACAAGGAAUUGAAAAUGGGAUUUGAGCUACCAUUUGUAAAAGCAAAUAAAAAGGUUGGGUUCCAACAUCAGUGACGAGAUAUAUUUGUAAAAUGCAAUUUUUUGCAAUGGACAUGCUGUAAAUAAUUAUUACACCAAAGAAAUGAGACAUGGAUAAAACUAAGAAAAAGAACCAUACUAAUGGGAAAUAUAAGAAAAAUGUGAAAACUGAUCAUUCGGACGACGUUGUUACAACAUGUUGUUUCUGUUUGAAGACCAAAAAGAGUAAGAAAAAGAGUCUGAUUGCAGGAUGUAUAACAAAUCUCGGAAUAUUUGCGAUACUCUUAAUAUACACAUUAGUAGGGGCUUUUAUAUUCCUGGCUAUCGAAGGUAGCGCUGCCAAAAUACACCAAAAAACACUGGCGACGACGUCUUAUCAGGCUAAUGAGAAUAAAAAGCCUCUGCCGAUAUCUAAAGUUAAUAAUAGCAUUGCACAAGUCACCGCUGAACUUAGAUCACAAACUGUUGAAAGUAUAUGGGAGAUAACAGUGUCUUUAAACAUACUGUACAAAGAAAAUUGGACAAGACUUGCUGCUCAAGAAAUAGCAAGGUUUCAAGAUAAAUUAGUUGCUCGAGUGACGGCUGAUGUAACAGAACAAUACGGUGGAGCUAGGGUCUUGGAAUCCGCACCUGCGCUUGUCACCGACGACUACGAAUGGAAUUUUUCCAAGGCAUUUUUGUAUUCAUUAACUGUCCUGACAACAAUAGGUUAUGGCAGUGUUGCUCCAAAAACGGCUUUAGGUAAAGUAGUGACAAUUGGAUAUGCUGUUAUAGGUAUACCAUUAACACUCCUUUAUUUAUCAGUUGUGGGCGCAUUGCUCUCUAGAUUUGCCCGCAGUAUAUUUAGCAGAGCUAUAUGCUGUUGUAUAUGUGUUAAAUGUGGAUAUUGUUGUCUUGAUGAAAGCACAAUUACAAACAAAGAUCGCAAGGAAAAAGUGCGGCGGCCCGAAGAUUUUCGAACUCAAACAUUACAUCUUCAAGAACCCUAUUACGUUCGUUCCCCUUCUGGCACAAUUAUUUCUGCGUCACAAGCAAAUAGCCUUAGUACCACAUCAAUUAAGGACAAGCCAGUUGGAUUGAAUUUUCUACGAGACUGUGAUUCUAUGAGUUGCACAGAUACCGACUCAAAAAUAUCGCUUCGAGGAUUUUCUAUUCUAGCUCCUAUUUCCUUAUGUCUCGCUGCUAUAUUUACUUAUAUAUUUUUCGGGGCGCUGGUUUUAUAUCAGUUGGAAGGUUGGAGUCCAGUAGACGGUGUCUACUUUUGCUUUAUGAGUCUGAGCACUAUUGGAUUUGGUCACUUGGCGCCUGGAGUAACACAAAGAAAUGGCGCGUCUUCAGGAACUGUUUGGUUUUGCUCCAUAUACAUAAUUACUGGCCUUGCGUUGACUGCAAUGUGUUUUAACGUUUUACAUGACGAAAUUGUUCAUAGACUAAGGCACCACGAAAAAAUCAUGAAGGCCACUCAAAAAGUUUUGACGCCGGAAUUUCUACAGCGCUCCUGACGGGAUGAAAGUGGAAAUGUGACUGACGAAUCAUUGCUAUCAUCAGAAGGGGACAUGUUACCCGAAGUUUUACAACACGUUACCAGAACUAAAUAUAACGGUGGGGCAAUUCGUCGGUCUGUGUAUACUGUAAAAGAGGAGCCGGAAUAAUGAAAUUAAAUUUUUCAAUUAAUCAAUGGUUUUGAUAGUUUUGUUUAUAGGAGUCUUAGUCAAAUCGUUUUUGAGAAUGGCAUUUUAUCAUUUAAAAGUAAUGAGAAGGACUGACGUAUAACUAACUAUUAUUAUUAUCUAAGCAGAUAGUGCCAAACUAUUAAAUAUUAUUUACAUAUUAUAUAAAGCAGUAUUAUACUAUGUAUGUAUAAAUUGAAUAUUAAUCUUAAAAGUGAGAUUGCAAUCUACACGUAAGAAAUUCACUUAGUAAAAAUAUUUGUUUAUUGUGAUAAUUGUGUAAAUGAUUAUGGAAUUGAGUUAUGUUUUAGAUACCUACUAUCAAUGUGUAAUGAUUAUUUUCCUUUAAACCACUUCACUAAAUUAUUAACAGGUGAUUUGGUUAUGUUUGGAAUUGUUUUAUUUAAAUUAAAACCAAAUGUAUUAUAGGAAUUGAUUUAAGGUGUUCUUUUGAAUCGGAUAGUGUAAAAGGGUUUAAUUAGAUACGUUAGUUGAGAGCGAGUGUGGUUUUUAUUAAUUAAUGACUAAAGUCAUUUUGUGCAAUUGAAAGACACGUAAAAAUAAUAAAACUUUUAAAAAGUGCAAAGUUUUCUUUAUUUGUUCCAUUAUAUUAUCACACUGUGUGUGAAAUAACCUAAAGCUUCACAUUUCAGA